AUGGAUAACAAGCCCUCUGGAGAGCAGUCGUCCCCCUCCCGCCGCCGGAGCUCCGGCCCCUCGUUCGAGGGUCUCAUGGCGCAGAAGCGUAGCAGCGACCCGGCCAACAUGGCUCGUAGGCAGUCCCUACAUGACCAAAAGCCGCAGGCCGGCUUCUUCGGUUCGAUGUGGCACAACUUCACCCGUGGCUCGGGUAGCCCGCCCAAGUAA